AAUGCGCCAACAUCUUCGAGACGCUGCAGAACGACUAUUACCAGGAGUACAAGUCCCUCGGUCUGGGCGAUCUGGCUGUGGCGGUCGUGCACCCCCUCCUGCGCGAGCAGCUCCGGGGCUGGGACCCUCUGAAGGACAGUACAUACAAACUGGAGGAGGUGGGGCAGUGACGUGCCAUUUUAGAAUCUAGCCAGCUUCACAACAGCAACCCUGACAGUUCCCACAUGGACCCAUACCACAGGCUGCUUUGGGAGGUCUGGAUCCUAGUAAUGAGGACCGCGGUCUCCCAGUGGCAGCCCAGGAACGUGGGCCCCAUGGUGGACUGUGUGGAGAGCUGGGCCCCCCUGCUGCCUCUCUGGAUCCUGGACAACCUGCAGGAGCAGCUCAUCUUCCCCAGGCGGCAGAGAGAGGUGGAGAACUGGAACCCCCUGACGGACAUGGUGCCCAUCCACUCCUGGCUGCACCCCUGGCUGCCGCUGCUGCAGGCCCGGCUGGAGCUACUCUACCCCCCCAUCCGCAGCAAGCUGGCCCACGCCCUGCAGCGCUGGCACCCCAGCGACGGCUCCGCCCGCCUCAUCCUGCAGCCCUGGAAGGAGGUCUUCACCCCCGGGGCCUGGGAGGCCUUCAUGGUCAAGAACAUCGUGCCCAAGCUGGCUCUGUGUCUGGGAGAGCUGGUGGUUAACCCCCAUCAGCAGCACAUGGAUCCUUUCCACUGGGUCAUGGACUGGGAGGGAAUGCUGUCUCUGUCCAGCCUGGUCGGGCUGCUGGACAAGAACUUCUUCCCCAAAUGGCUGCAGGUUCUGUGCUCCUGGCUCAGUAACAGCCCAAACUAUGAGGAGAUCACCAAGUGGUACCUGGGCUGGAAGUCCAUGUUCUCCGACACAGUGCUGGCCCACCCUCUGGUCAAGGAGAAGUUCAACGAGGCGUUGGAUAUCAUGAAUCGCGCCGUGUCCUCUGGCAUUGGUGUGUACCUGCAGCCGGGCGCGAGGGAGAACAUCGCCUACCUGACACACACGGAGCGCCGCAAGGACUUCCAGUACGAGGCCCUGCAGGAGCGCCGGGAGGCGGAGAGCGUGGCCCAGCGCGCCAUCGGAGCUGCGGGCGUGCCCACCAACUUCAAGGACCUGAUCCAGGCCAAGGCCGAGGAGAACAACAUCGUCUUCAUGCCCCUGGUGGCCAAGCGGCACGAGGGCAAGCAGCUGUAUACCUUCGGCCGCAUUGUGAUCUACAUCGACCGCGGGGUGGUGUUCGUGCAGGGGGAGAAGACCUGGGUGCCCACGUCGCUACAGAGCCUGAUCGACAUGGCCAAGUGACAUCCACAGACCCCAAACUGCAGUGGACAAAAAUAACACUUGUAUUUUGUUACCCUAUUUUUUUGUUGCCAUAAAGGAUAGGACUGUAAAAAUGUAAAAUGCGACCUCCUGGGAAAUGUAGUUGAAGAGCUGUUCUUGGGUGCUGUGGUCAAAGUGUCCUGUUUGUUUUGCUGAGUGUAUCGGCUUAUUCGUGACUGAGAGCAUACUCCCUCCACCCAACAGAAAUACUCCACCAUCUUAGAGCUGUUCCAUGUUCAGUUUGGCCUGAUCGCAUCUACCAAACGGAUGACAAAUAGAUUCAAGAUUAUCAUUUGUGGAUAAUGAAUAUUUCAUUUCAACAAUUUUAUUUAUAGUGUUCAAACUUUCUCUGAGUAGUUUACAGAAACACUUUUUAUUAUCGGUGACAGCAUGCGGCAGCUGGGAUGGGGAACUCUCAGUUGAGUAAAUAACUAAAAGACUAGUAAACUUUUAGUCUAAAUUCUGCUGGCAGGUUGGCCUGAUUAAGCCCGGUGGAUUUCCUGAUUUCCAUCUAUAAUGCAGGAAGUUUCUGGAGAAGCAGUGGAAGAGAACAAAUUGCUGGUUAAAGUUAAUGUUUGGUUGUUUUUUUAAUUGGAAUACAUGUUUGAAUAAAAUGAUCUGCUUGUUUUGA